AGCAGUGUGAGUGUUUUGCAUAACCUAACUUGGUAUCAGACGCGAGCAUCUUCGAUCCUCCUUUCUCUCUUCGCUUCCGCCAUGAACCGCCUCCUUCGCCGCACCCGCUCGGUGGACUUGGACUCGCCGGCGACCGAGCCCUUCGCCGCGGUCCCUCUCGCCACCGCCGCGCUCCCUCUCGCCACCGCCGCGGUCCCCGCGACCCGACGCGCACCCCUCGCCGACCGCGACAAGAUGCCCGUCCCCAACGGCGCUGGGGCCUCGUCCUCGUCUAACCCAGCCCCUCGCAUCCCACCACCCGCGGGCAUCCUCCGGACCGUGGGCAGCACCGCCGUUCCCCGCCUCGCGCUGGGCAGCCCCGGCGGCGCCGUCGUCCCGCACCGCGGCCUUGGUGCCCCCCGAUGCCGGCCCUUCUUCCGUCGCCGGCCUGCCGCCCUCCAUCGCGCACUACUUCACAGGCAAGCUCCAGUUCAAGUCCGGUAACUACUCCCGGUGGCGACGUCUUUUCUAUAUCAUCUCUUGCAAACAUGAAGUGCAGCACCACCUUGAUGUCGCCACCGCGCCGCUCAAUCAAAGCGCCAUCUGGCGUAAUGAUGCUCUGACCAUGGUGUUGUGGUUGCACGGCGUGGUCACCGAAGAACUCAUGGACGUGGUGGCGUCCCCGGACAGCUCCGCCUACAACAUCUAGACGCAGCUCCACCUCCUCUUCAUGGACAACCAGCCGGGGCGCGCCGUCGUCCUCGGCACGGAGUUCCGGAACUUGGUCCAGGGCGAGCUCUCCAUCGCCGAAUACAGCCGGGGGCUAAAGACCCUGGCCGACGCACUCGAGCAUGUCGGCGAGCACAUCUCCGAUCAGGCCCUGACGCUGCAGCUCAUUCGCGGCCUGAACCGCAAGUUCCAGAUCAUGGCGAUGCUUCUUCCCAUGCAAUCGCGCUUCCCCUCCUUCGUGCAAGCGCGUUCUCGUCUCCUCAUGGAGGAGAUCUCCGCGCACGAGAGGGCGCGGUUGGACGGCCAUCCAGAACUCCCGGCUGCGGCACUCACCAUCGGACAGGCACCGCUCGGCAGCUCCUCCUCUAAUCGCGACCCUGACCGCGACGGCUCCUCCAACGACAAGGACAAUGGCCAUGCUGCUUCCCCAACCAGGACAACAGAGGCCCACGCGGGUGUGGUCGCGGCUGCAGUCGUGGCCGCGGUGGCCAGUCGUCCGGUGGCGGCCCCGCCGGCCGUGCCGCCCCUCCCUCCGGCCCAGCCUCGCAGAUCUCCACGGACUACUUUGCUCCCUAUGGCACCCUCAUCCCUGGCCUGCCUGCACCCCCGUACGCCAUGGGCCGCCCCCAACGCCACGGGCGUCCUAGGCCCGCGACCUCCUGCACCUCACCAGGCGUACCAGGUGGCCGCCCCUUCGUUGAGCGGGCCGACCUGGGAGCAGUACAAUCAGCUGUACGCUGCUCUCCAGGGGCUCUCCAUCCAGCAGCAGCAAGCCGGCGGCGCGCCGGAAUGGUUCAUCGACGCGGGCGCUACGUCGCACGUCGCUGGAUCUAGCCACGGGGAGGCUAAUCAUGAGGUCCAAUAGCCACGGGGAUCUCUACCGUUUCUUCACAAGCUCCGGCGUCCAAGCAGUGCUCACCGUCGUCACCGAUAACAUAUGGCAUCUUCACCUAGGGCAUGCUAGCAAUAAAACAGUUUUCACUUUAGCUCGUGAUUUUGUUCCAAAUUGUAAUAAAGAUGUGCCUAGUACCUCUGUUUGUUCAUCAUGUAAACUAGGCAAGCAGCCUAGGCUGCCUUUUUCCCGUUCAAUUACUAAAACCAGUGCACUUUUCCAAUUAAUUCAUU